AUGAUUGAGAGUACCAAAAGUGAUAAAGCCGAGGAGGUUAAGAUUGAGGUGGUCAGUGAACAUUGUGUUAAACAUAAUCUGAAACAGAUGUUUCUGUGUCUGGAUGACAAGGAGUUGGUAUGUCAAGAGUGUGUGACAUUGGACCACUUGGGUCAUAAGCUAGCGACAGAGGCAUCAUUGUCCAACAAGUCUACUCCAAUCUAUGUGAAGGAAAGAGAUCAUAUUCAAACAUUGUGGACGAUCCUCAAGUCCUUGUCCACUGUCCACAAGUCACAUACCGACAGUGUCAGCCAACUUAGUCAGGUCUUCCAGGAGUUGCACACACAGCUUAACAAGGAAGAAGAGAAGUUGAAGCAGCCAUUAAUCAAAAGUAUCAAGGAUGGUGAAUCAACUGUGGAGAAGGUCAUCAAAGAUCUCAACUCUACUUUGAGUCUCCUCGACCAUUGUGAUGGAGUGGAGCAUUGUAUUGUGGACAUGACUGCUGUCGACUUAAUCAAAUUGGUCAACAAGGUUGUAUCAUUUGGGUCAUUCAUGGAGGGAAUCAAAGACUCUGCCAACCAUACAAGCGGAUCCAAAGAAGAAACAAGUCGUCUCAAGAAGCUACAGCAGUAUCUAGUCAAGACCAAGGAUACCCUCAAUCAACCUGAGCAUCUCAUUCUCAAUUCUGAUAGUGUGUCAUUGAUGGAGGUUGUCAAGAACAAUGUCUCCGGGAUUGCCAUUAUUGUAUGA